GUUGGCAGCUUUUCGAACUGUGUGCCGCUGUAGGUCUUAAUGCUCUUGGAAUUUAUUUUGUUGUCAGUCGCAAUUAUGGUUGCAGACUACCCUUCUCACUAAUUUGACUUACAAACUCAGCAUUUGGCUUAAUUUAGUGCUUGAGAUGUGAUGCUUCGUGUUGACUGUUGAGGUGACCACUGGCUUGGAGUUAUAUUUCAGUUUACCUAAUAAAUCCUAUUGGCUUAUUUGCUGAAAUCAUUAAAACUUCUUGUACGAGACAAUUUUCCCGGAUUUGAACUGCCUUCAUAUUUAUUUCAACAAAGGGACGAGUAUACAUUACAAUGCUUCGCAUGAUUCACAGCUGGUCUGCUAGAAGGCGUCUUAGUGGAUCAAGCUACCCCUUAAAAAGAAAGGAUCCUAAAAUAACCCCAACAAGGACUAAAAAGCACCAGAAAUGUAUAACUCUUCAGAAAUCUAGUCGCACAUCAACGGGACUACCAUCAGUCACAAAACCAAGAGCGCGAAAAGUCCACAAAGCGCCUAUUCCUGAAUCUCAAAGUGUGACCAACCACAAUUUGCUAGGUAAUAUAGAUAUUCAAAUCCCUUCAGAUUGUUGUCAUCAUAAUUCAGCUCAUAUGAAAAUUCACCAUAAUAACAUCAUAAACCCUCCAAAUUUAUCUUCAUCAUUGUGUACUUCUGAUUCUUGCGAAAAUGCCAACGAAGAGUUAUAUCAUAACUGCCAAAACCAUGAUAAUUCAGAAGAUGAUCAUGUAUUAUCAAAACUACAAAGUACAUCAAAAACAGAAUCAUUGGUGGAAAUUAGUACAAGCUUACCUGUAAAACCAAACCCAAAUGUUACGCUAAUUGAGUGCACUGAACAAUUUACUUUUCCAAAUUUGAUUACCAGUUCUGAUCAACAAGUCGAUCCAUCUAGUGAUAUGAAACCUCACUUGUUCAGUGAGGUUGGAUUUAUUGGCGAAGAUGAAACUAUGCAACCUUCGGAUGAGGAAAGUGAGCCAAGCGAUUCCUCGUCUUCCAUCGCUCCUCCGCAAGAACUUUCUACGGAAAUCUCUGCAAUUGAAGAGUGCGACGAUGGGGAUUUUGAGGAAGCUGACGCAUAUGCCUUCAUACGCAGCCUCCCACCACUGCCUCCUGAUAUUAUUUGUCGUCCGCCGGCGCUGCCGAAAAAAACUCGUUCCUCUCCAGAGUUUUGUUUAGUUCUUGAUUUAGAUGAAACUUUGGUUCAUUGUAGUUUGAACCCUCUUUUGGACGCUCAGUUUAUUUUCCAAGUUGUUUUCCAAGGUGUUGUCUACAUGGUGUACGUCCGAAUUCGACCACACUUAUACGAAUUUCUUACCAAUGUAUCUGAACAUUUCGAAGUUGUGCUUUUUACAGCUAGCACGAAAGUAUACGCUGAUCGUCUUGUAAACUUGAUUGAUCCUAAAAAGAAAUGGAUUAAGCAUAGAUUAUUCCGUGAACACUGUGUCUGUGUAAAUGGUAACUACGUCAAAGACUUACGAGUCCUAGGCCGAGACCUCCGCAAAACUGUGAUUAUUGAUAACUCUCCGCAGGCGUUUGGCUAUCAGUUGGAUAAUGGUGUUCCAAUCGAGAGUUGGUUUGUUGAUUCAAAUGAUUGUGAACUCCUUAAACUUAUUCCGUUUUUAAAAGAAAUAACUAAAGCCGAUGAUGUUAGACCAUUAAUAGUUGAUCGAUUCCGGUUACAUGAGAAAGUUCUGGCAGCUCCUCUUACACCACCCGAUGUUCAGAAUUGAUACAUUUCAAUACUUUGUAGGUCUCAGUUAAGCUUGAAACAAGAAAAUUGUUUUUAAGCAGCAGUUAUUUAUUUUCUAUUUUUCACGAUUAAAGCUUCCUUUAAAUCACUUUUGUUUAUUACGGUAAAUCUUCUUUAUAUUUUUAAUUCCAAUAAUCUUUUUAUUUCAUCAUAACUUAUCUUUUAACAUAUUAGACAGAUUAAUCAUCGCAUAGCUAACAUGGACAUAUUCAAUGCACUGCAGCAUUUAUAUGCUGUGUAAAUUUGAUAAUAUUCACAAUGUAAUCUGCAUUCGUUCAUUCACUCAUCCAAUUACGUGAGGAAACAAACGUAUUUGAAUAAUUUUGUUUUAUUACCAUUUCUGACAGUAAAGAUUACUUGUUUUUUAUUAUAAUCAUCAUUAUAAAUAAUCAAUAUAUCUUGCUUAUUUUAGUCGAAAUUAUUUGCAUCAUAGUUACAAUAUUAUUAUUAUUGCCACUAUUUUUAAUUUCUAUAUUCAUCAAGAUUUAUGGCCUGACAUCUAUUGCUGAUUAUUACGCAUUCGUUAUUCGGAAGAAUUAUAUAUUCUUUUAUUUCUUGUCAACAUUUGCAUUUACAUUAUAUUUGUAUUUAUAUAUCACUAAUAAAUAUCCUUAUAAUCAUAUAAUUUAUAUGUGUACAAAGAUGUGUGUGUGCGCAUGUAUUUUCACCUUUUCCUUAUCUAUCACUCAUUGCUUUUUUUGACGAUAAUCAAUAAAAAUACUGCAUCGUGUGUUUAUUUUGUCAGAACUUAAUUCUAUUGCUGUUCACGGAAAAAGACGUUUUCCAUCCUUAUCUGUCUGCUCUUGAAACUGGUGAACAUUACAUAUUCUCCCUAAAUUUUUAUAAUCAUUCUUAUAGACGAUAAAUACCGCGGUUAAUAAUGUUGUUUUCAGUACUUUGUUUUACUUUCAUUCAAUUGUCAGUUUUCUGUUGUUUUUAAUCGUCGUUGUCAUUAAUUCUUUAGAUAUUUUGUUUUUUUUGCAUUGCCCAUUGCAUUUUUACAACUGGAACUUCGUGUUUUAGCGCUCAUAAAAUAGUUUUACUGAUAUUACAACUUUUUUUCAAUUUGGGAUGUCUGCUGUGGUGUACAGAAAAAUUGCAUUUUUGAGAGAAAAUUCCUUUUCUUUCUUUUUAAUUUGUUUCCUGUGUGUGGUUUACCUUGUCGGUCUUUUUGUCAUUGUUGAUGAUUUACUUUUAAGAUUUUAAAUACCUUGUUUUUCUCUCGCCGUUUAUUUACUGCACAGUUUAUACACAUCUUAUUAGUAAUUUCAAUAAAACAUGUAUUUGGUACUUUU